CCGGAAGCAGUCGCUGCAGCGUCUGGGAGGGCCUUGCUCGCGGGGUGCGGGAGCGACGGGCCCCGGGGAGUGUGCAGGACGGAGGGGGGCGGUUCGCCAACAUGUCCCGCGGGUCCAGCGCCGGUUUCGACCGCCACAUUACCAUUUUUUCCCCGGAGGGGCGGCUCUACCAAGUAGAAUAUGCUUUUAAGGCUAUUAAUCAGGGAGGCCUGACGUCAGUAGCUGUCAGAGGGAAAGACUGUGCAGUAAUUGUUACACAGAAGAAAGUACCUGACAAAUUGUUGGAUUCCAGUACGGUGACUCACUUAUUUAAGAUAACCGAAAAUAUCGGCUGUGUGAUGACAGGAAUGACAGCUGACAGCAGAUCCCAGGUACAGAGGGCACGCUAUGAGGCAGCUAACUGGAAGUACAAGUAUGGCUAUGAGAUUCCUGUGGACAUGCUGUGUAAAAGAAUUGCUGAUAUUUCUCAGGUCUACACACAGAAUGCUGAAAUGAGGCCACUUGGUUGUUGUAUGAUUUUAAUUGGUAUAGAUGAAGAACAAGGCCCUCAGGUGUACAAGUGUGAUCCUGCGGGUUACUAUUGUGGGUUCAAAGCCACUGCUGCAGGAGUCAAACAAACUGAGUCAACCAGCUUCCUGGAGAAGAAGGUGAAAAAGAAAUUUGAUUGGACAUUUGAACAGACAGUGGAAACUGCAAUUACAUGCCUGUCUACUGUCCUGUCAAUUGAUUUCAAACCUUCAGAAAUAGAAGUUGGAGUUGUUACUGUUGAAAAUCCCAAAUUCAGGAUUCUUACAGAAGCAGAGAUUGAUGCCCACCUUGUCGCUCUAGCUGAGAGAGACUAAGCAUUGUCGUUAGUUUACCAAAUCCAUGAUGCCACUUGCCUGUGUGUUUGGUAACACCAAGCCAACAUUGUGGAGGCUGCUAGAUAUUGGUGCCCCUCCAGCCCUCCUGCCACUGAAGUGGUUUUGACUCUGUAUAAAUAAAUAAAAACAGUGCUUUUUGGAAAAUAA